AUGGCUGGACUAUUUGCUUUCGAUAGACACGAUUUAACGGCUGUUCUUGCAGAAUUUUUAGGAACUGCUUACUUUUUGUUUAUGGGUGUUGGGGGCGCCAUCGCUUUUGGAUCAUCUUCAAUUGCUGGUAUUGGCAUUCCAUUUUCUUUCGGAUGGUCUCUCAUGGUAAAUGUCUUCCUUUGGGCUCCAAUUUCAGGAGGGGUGCUUAAUCCUGCCAUAACCAUUGGUUUAAUGGCUACCCGUAGCUUAAAACUUAUACGGGGUUUGUUAUAUAUAAUCGCCCAAUUGUUGGGUGCCCUUCUUGGAUCAUUCCUUAUUAAAGUUCUCCUACCUGGUGAUCCUAAUGGUGCUACUGUAUUGGGUCCCAAUACAUCUGUUGCUCAAGGUUUCUUUUUAGAAAUGUUUGCUACCUCUGUCUUAACAUUUGCUGUACUCUUUAUGGCAAUUGAGAAACACGCUGUCUUCAUGGCUCCAUUUGUAAUUGGUAUUUCCUUAUUCAUCUCAGCAUUAGCCAUUUUUGGAAAUUAUGGUAAUGGACAUUGGAUUUAUUAUUUUGGUCCCACUGCCGGUAGUUUGUUAGCUGCUGGAUAUUGGUAUUUGUUCACCAAAUUAGAUUAUAAAAAGGCAUCCGGUGGCGAUAAAGAGGACGAAGAAUUUAAUUUCAAUGGGUCAAAACCUGAAAAUGAAACUAAUGAAACUAAUGAAACUAUGGCUUAA